GAAGCCUUGCCCUGAACUUGACUACUCGACUCCACUUCACCUCACACCGUUCCGGUGUCCUGCAUAUUGCAUCUUUGCUACCAUAACACGAAUUGUCCCGUUUAUUCACCCCUUCCUUCUCCUGAUAAGUUGAUACUUGCCGUUCUGCCUACUGUUCCUCCUCAUCAGCAGCGUUACAGCAACCCAACUCUUGACCUCGAAGCUAGCUUCUUCCCAACAAGCAACUACUUUUAUCGUCAAAUACCGUACCGGAGGAAUUGAAGCAGCAGCAGGAGGGGAAACCGGGAGAGAGGGAAAACGGGACGAAACACCGUACACACAUUCUGUACGGUACAGGUCCCUUCUUCCCCUACGAGUACUUCUGCACCCGAGCCAGUUAGAAAGCUAGCAGCUGGCUUUCCCAUUUUCAUUUUUUCGUUCGUUUCCCCUCAUCCUUUUCUCGUUUUCAUAGCAUUGCCCCAUAACCCGUAAUUCUACCACCCAUAUCCCUCCCUCCCACUUCUUUCUUUGUACCUCUUCUCACUCUCCUACCCCUCUCUUCCCUCUUUAGGGUUUAAUACACCGCUUCAAUCCCUCUUUUAUCGGUUUGCCCCCGCCCCUGAUACCCGUACACUAUCAGUAUUUUUUUUCUUUUCUUUUUCCCAAUUUUCUCUUUUCACUAUUGGAAAUCCAAAUUCCUGACGGUUGAUGCCUUAGGAUAAGAGGACGAGAACGCCCCACUCCCAGUCACUAUUUAUCCAGUAGCAGCCACAGACCAACCCUUUCUCAACUAUUCUUUUCUUUCCUCUGUUAAAUUAGAUUCCUUUUUGUUUUCCAUUACCCAAUCAUGUCCUUCGCUCCUCAGACUCCUGCUACUUAUCGGGAUACCGGUAUGAGCACCACUUCACAGCAGCCGGAUCAACACCACCAGCAGCAGCAACAGCAGCAGCAGUAUGCUACCACCUCCUCUUCUGCAGCCGGCCACCCGCUGCUCCCCGAGGCACUUCAGAGGUUUUGCUUGGUUGGAAAGGUUGCCGUUGUCACGGGGUUUGUCACCCCCCCCCCUCAUCUCUCCACAAUCCCCAUUCUUGCUCCAUCCGUCGGCUUGGGCCAGGUAGGUUGGGAUGUAAGUGGGGCAGUUUGCUGAUUGGAGGCCUUUUACCCUUUUAGUGGUGCCCGAGGUUUAGGGUAUAACAUGGCAGAGGCCCUCUGCCAGGUUGGUUGCAAGGCCAUUGCCAUCAUGGAUGUUUUGCAGGAACAUGGUGAUGAGGCGGCGGAGGCUUUGAAUAAGAAGUAUAAUAUUGCCGCUGCGUUCUACAAGGUUGAUGUUCGCGAGGAGCAGGCUGUUCAUGAUGUUAUCCAGAGCGUAUGAAUCCCCUAGUCUCACCACAAUUAGAUGACUGGCGCUGAUUUCCUGUUGAUAGAUCGCUCUGGACCUCGGGAGCGUAGAUGUUCUUAUCUGCUCUGCAGGUAUUGCAGAGUACGUUUUCGCCAACAGGUUGGACUCUGAACCAAUUGCUGACGCUCUUUUCACUAGUUCUAAUAUGCCUGCGGAAACAUACGAUAUUGGGCGAUUCCGUCGUCUGAUUGACAUCAAUCUCACCGGCACAUUCUUGUGUGCGCAAGCCGCCGGAAGAGUUAUGAUCGAGCAGGGAACCGGAGGUUCUAUAAUCUUCAUCGCUUCCAUGUCGGGGCACAUUGUCAAUUGGCCACAACAGCAGAGUUGUUAUAAUGCCUCCAAGGCGGCUGUCAUUCAAUUGGGCAAGUCGCUUGCUGCCGAGUGGGCUCCUCACAAAAUUCGCGUUAGUACGUGAUCUGCGUGAUUGAAUUCCUUCAUUGGCUUGGGAUUGGAGAGCUAACUGCCGAAAUAGACUCUAUCUCGCCCGGUUACAUGGAUACCGCUUUGAACCGUGUCCCGGCUCUUGAUGCCCAGAAGAAGAUGUGGUGCUCACGCACACCCAUGAACCGUCUCGGAAAUGUCGAUGAAUUAAACAACACCGCCAUCUUCCUUGCAUCCGACGCAUCGACCUUCAUGACCGGGUCUGACAUUAUCGUAGAUGUAAGUGUGCUCUAUCCGUCAUCUGCCGCACAGUACUUACGGAACAUAGGGUGGCUAUUGUGUGUGGUAAAAUGCAUGUAUUUCACCCUCACCGUUUGUCUGGUCACCCUCUCACUCAUCCUUUCGGCCGAUAAUACCUCGAAUUUCAGUUAUACAGCAUGCCACUAGAAUUUUACACAUCGGAGUCUCUAAUAUUUCAUAAUCUUUUAACUUGACGACUUUCAUUCUGUUGCAUGAGCUUCUGCAAGAAGCAGGUCCAAGCCAAUCAUGGUAGGAUUUGAUCCGUUUGGGGAAUAGAACAAUGGGGGCGCACCGGUAGAGAUUAUAUGGUCAGACAGGAUCUUUUUUUUGUUGCUUUCCCUUUUUGUGCCUCGUCACUGUCCUCUAUUGUUAUCCAUUACCCGAGAGCCAUUGGUUUGAGCGUCCCGGGAUACAAAUUUCUUUCCCCCUCAAGAUACCAAGCGCUUUUAUAUAUCACCACCUGUGUCUUUUCAGGUUCACGUUUUUCCUCGCAGAUAUGCAUGUCCAUGGUGGAUUUUCCAUUUACAUUUUCCUGUCUUUCCUUUCCUCUUCUAAAACUUAGACUCUAUUCUGUUCACUCAUGUUCUAAUAGAAUCCAUCGCAAACAUAGAGGGAAGUGGAUGGGGGAAAAAGCAGAGUCUUCGUUGUCGCAAUACCGGUAUACGCGUUAUCUCACUUGGAGCUUUAUUAUAUAUAUGAUACCAUGUUUGAGCAUUUGAUGGAACGCAGUACGAACAGGGAUGAUGGUAAGGCCGGGAAGGCGUUCCAGGAUUUACAUUAGUUUAUUUUGUUCGGCUGGGGCCGUGCAUGUUAUGCAGGGAAAGGGACAUGAAAUCGGAUCGAGUCUUUUUUUUUCCUUAAAAAAAAAUCUUUUCGUCCCACCCACUUGGUUCAUGAUCAGUGUUGCCCUCGAGGGUUUCUGAAUGGGUUUGAAGUGGAUCGCGGUCCAGUGUCCUUGGGCUAUGAUUGGUAGGGUCAGUUGGGGCAUUCUUGCUUGCCCCCACAUACAGUGACAUACUCGAGUACAGUAGUAAGUAAUAUCACAGCUUAAAUGCUGCUGGGUGCGUGCUUUUGCGGAAAUCAUACACCGUUGGAUGGCAUUGUAAAAGGGGGGAUGUGGUACCGAUAUACGGUACAAGUACAUUGCUGCAAACGGCAAUUGCUGCCUGCGAUGCCCUUGUUAUCGAUAACACCUUAACGUCUGGUAUCUUGUUAAUGUGUGGGGUGCCGGGUUGAAGAGUGCGAGACAACUGACGAGAAUUACACGAGGAUUGAAGCUUUGUGGCCACCAUACAGUGGUGUUAGGCCUCUAGCGAACGCCCAUUGUAUGAUAUAACAAUCAUUGGCGAGAAGAGUUUAUGACAUGGCGAAAGAAAAAAAAUGAGACACAAGCGGGAGCGUUUACAUGGUAUUUGGUUAUCUCCAAACUGCUCAAGUACUGUACGAGUACAAAAGGGCUUCUGACCUUAUGCAUCCCCCUCUCUUCAUGGGAUACGUGUGUGUAACUGGGCCACCAGUUCCAUCAAGCAACCAAAUCUGGCUUGCCCCCGCCAAAAAUUCUGAAGGGAAAGAGUACAGUACUUUUUUUUUUCUCACCACUGCGGACGGUACAGUCGACGCGGGAGAAGAAAGAAAAGGGGGAGAGAGGGAGAGGGAGAGAGGGGAAGAAGGGUAGAAAGAGAGAAAGAAAGAAGAAAGAAAGGGCGUCUGUGACGCCGAUAGGUAUUAGCUGACUUGCAUUCGAACCAGUAGGACGGGAAAAGAGCGAAGAAAGGGAAGUACUUGUAGGAAGGAAAAGAAGAAAAAAAAGAGCGGUGAUUACAGAGAGUGAACUCGUUUUCCCUGCCGUGCUGUACCACCCCUCCACUCACAUUCCCUCAUAGUCUUUCCUCACUCCCUUUGCUCUCUUUGCUCUCUCUCCGUGCCCUCACACACUCACACACCUACACCCACACCACACCCUAUCUUCACCCCGCCGCCUCCGUCUUGCCUUCUCACAUACCCUUCCGUUUCCUCCGCUCAUCUUGCUUGACCUACCCCUCCACCCCAUACUACCAUACCACCAUACUAUCCCUUCAUCCCCGCCCGGAUCUUUUGUGGAUGGCGGCAUCGUAUGGAGCUUAGAUCCCAACCUACUCGCCCACCUGGAAGAGCCGAAGUCAGUCCGACAUCCGCUGAAAUAAGCUCUUCAGCCUCAACCCUCUCGUUGCUAGCAGAUCAUCCGCUAUCACCCACCCUUCCUCCCUCUGACUUACUAAACACUUCAUCGACCCCUCCAUCCUUACCCUCUCCAAGUUCCCCGCAGCCUUCGGGUUCACUUGUUCCCACAUUCGCUCCCACCCCAAGUACACCCGCGGGCGACCCGGUCACAUCUUCCGCCUCUUCUUCCACAGCUGUAUCCUCCUCCUCGCUCCCACCCUUAUCCGCCUCCAUCCCCACCCCCACAUACGCAACCACGACAACGGCAACAACGAGCAGCGGAAACACCAAUCUUCCACGAAGGUAGUUAUACACCAUUUCUUCCUUCUCGAGUCCUGCUCACCCAUCAUUUCUCCUUCCCACAACAAAAAAAUAAAAUAAAACCACAAAUUGCCUAAAAGUCCGCUUGUUCAUGCCUCCUCGCAGAGUAACUCGUUCAUCAACGAGACAAUUGUCGGACCAGUCCGCCUCCUUAGCCAGUAACAGCAACUCCCAAACCCCCGUUGCUAGUCCACCCACCGCUACCACUGCCCCAUCCUCUUCUAAACCGCCUCGCAAACGCAAAAGCUCGGCUACGGCGGCGGAGGCUUCGGAGCCUCCCACUUCUCAACCUAGGAGCCGGAAGCGCUCCAAGGCAGCCUCGUUUUCUUCCUCAAUCUCUAAUCAACAACCCGAGGUUCCUGCUGCCCCACAUUCUAGUCGGCGAAAGGGGAAGGGGAAGCGUGCGGAGCUUGAUAUGAAAGAUCAAGGGUAACUUCUCGCUUUUUUUUUUUCUCUCUCCCCUGACCUUAAUUUCUUCUAUAUUUUACUCUUUUCUUUUAUCAGUACCCUAUUUUUUUUUUUUGCUUGGAUACGUUUUUAGCCCCGUGCUAAUUUCAAUAGACCUGCUGGUGAGCCUAGUAAUUCAAUCACAGCACCUGACGUUGCGACACCAAAGCGUAGAGGAAGCCGUAGCAAGAGAUCGGUAGGAGGUAGUCCAUCUAUUCGCACCCAAUGGUUUCGAGAGCCCCCCUGACUAAGCGUUGCAUAGAUAACCCCGCCACGCCUUCUUCUACCUUCUCAUCCUCCUCUCGUCGUGCCGCACCAAAAAUGAACCCAGAACACAACGACCCCGACGUCCCUAUGAGUGAGCCGAACGAGGUGGAGGAGGAUAACUUUGACGAAGACCAUGAUGAGGAUAUGGCCGACCAUGGAGUAGGAGAUGACGAUGACCGAGAGGAGGACUAUGAGCGCGAAGACGACGACGAGGAUGACGUCUUUGAGGGGAGCUAUCUCGGGGGAGUUGGUGGGUCUAGCGGGCUCUCAAACACCCUGCGGGCACUUUCUGGAAUGGUGUCAGGCAUUUCUUCCCGGCUUCGCGAUAACCUUGCCAGUCUACGUCAGAAGGACGACCCCUCUACACAAUUGAUCGCCUUGCAGGAUCUCGCCGAGAUCUUGCUAGUAUCAACCGAAGAUAACCUUUCGGGUCACUUUUCCCCCGAUCAGUUUGUGAAAGAGCUUGUGAGCUUGAUGGAGGAUCAGGGGCCGUUCGGAGAGAAUCCGGAGAUGAUGCUGUUGGCUUGUCGUUGUAUCGCGAACCUUAUGGAGGCUCUGCCGGCGGCUACUGCGAAUGUUGUGUACGGUGGUGCAGUUCCUGUUCUUUGCCGGAAGUUGAUGGAAAUUCAGUACAUUGAUUUGGCUGAGCAGGCUCUGAGUGUGAGUUUACCUGUGUAUCGUUUUAAGUUUUGGUAUGAUGACUAUCUCUAAUUGGCUUCCCCUCACCUAGACUCUUGAGAAAAUAUCUGUAGAAUAUCCGACAUCUAUUGUGCGGGAGGGGGGACUGACGGCCUGUCUUACCUACCUUGAUUUCUUUGCUACUAAUGUUCAGAGGACAGCAGUUACCACUGCGGCCAACUGCUGUCGAAAUAUUCCCGAUGAUUGCUUCCCUACGGUUCGGGAUGUUAUGCCUAUCCUAUUGAAUGUUUUGGGGAGUAGUGAUCAGAAGGUUGUGGAGCAAGCUUGCCAAUGUGUGGCGAGAAUAGUUGAGAGCUUCCGUCAUUAUCCCGAUAAAUUAGAGCUACUCAUGUCGAAAGAGAUGAUGAAUGCUAUCCUACAGCUACUCCUUCCCGGGACGACAAAUCUUGUUGGACCUUACAUUCAUACACAAUUCCUGCGUGUCCUGUCGAUCAUUGCUAAGGCUAGUCCCAGGCUGUCUGUGGACAUGUUUAAAAUGAACAUCGUGGAUACCCUGUACCAGAUUUUGACUGGGGUUUCACCCCCGGUCGCGCAUGAUGGGGCUGCAGUGAAGAACGAUAGUGUUAUGACUAUGCAAGCCCUUAUCCAUAGACCAAGAGAGCAAGUAUCUGAGACGCUGAAUGUUAUAUGUGAAUUGCUGCCCGGCCUUCCGCAUGGUAAGUCCUAUCGCGGCCCCCGUUCGACAGUGUUAACCGUUUGCAAAGAUGAUGUUUUCGGCGCUGCCUUUGGUUCCCAAGAUGGUUCUGGGGGGGCCGUCAAAGCUCCCUCGGACGAAGGAGAGGGUGACGAUGAUGAUCCGGACGAUAAGCGACGGAAAAUGUUGGAGGGUUGCAGGGGCGAGAUGAAACGCUUUGCAACGGUUCUCUUGCCGACUCUAACGGAUGCCUACUCGAGCACGGUCAAUCUCAGUGUCCGCCAGAAGGUCCUUAACGCGCAGUUGAAGAUGAUUUCCAAUUUGGACGCGGAUAUACUCAAAGAAUCAUUGUCAAGUGUGCAGUUUGCUUCACAUUUGGCGUCUAUACUCUCACAGCAAGAUCAUCCUACGCUCGUAUUGGCGGCGUUGCAGGCCGCCGAGCUACUUCUUCGCCGUUUGCCCGAGAUCUACCAGUACCACUUUUACCGUGAGGGAGUUAUUUCUGAAAUUUCUAAGCUUGCGUCCAAGAAGGAUGAACAGGCGGCGUUGGAGAAGGAGGCUGCUGAACGCGGGGAUAUCGAUCGGGAGUCUGAGGAUUCGAGAGAUAGCGAGGAUCGUAUGAGUUCUUCGCCUGUUAGCUCUAGGUCUUCGUCUUCGUCUCGACAUGUUCCUGCAAGCACUUCGACCGGAAUGGCUGACUGGAUCACUGAGAAGGCUAAGAGGUUCAUGGAGGGCCACGAUAAGGAUGAGGAUGCUGAGACUAAACAGAGGGCUAUCAUGAUCAUGGAGGAAUUGAAGGGCUUGGCUGCCGGACUCAAGUCCAAGAAUAGCCCAGAGGCCUUAUUCGAGAGGUUGGCGACAUACUUUGAUAAUGAUAACUCGCUAAGCUCAAUCUCUAGCUUUGAGCUUUUGAACUCCCAUAUUGUGGAGGCUUUGCUGGCAGUUUUGAGUAGCAGUUCUGGUAUAUUUAUUUACUCCUUACCUGCAUGUUGCCGGUUGGCUAACUGAUUACAGAUCCACGGAGUAUGGACAUUAGGCGGGCUUUCCUUGAGGUGUUCAUGCGUAGUGGUGCGCAUCCGGCUGCUAGCAGUGAGGGGGAUACGCCUUUCAGUGUUCUGGUUCACAAACUUCAGGACCUCCUUAGCCGCUCCGAGCACUUUGAGGUUGUUACGGUCCAUCAGAAUACUUUCGACGGAAACCGUAGUAGCGCUGCAUCUAUGCUGGCGAAGCAAUUGCGCUUGAAGUUGGUGGCUGAUGAAGAUUCUGAGAUUCCUCGACCCUACCGUAAUAUUAUGGUAUCUAUUCACGCCAUUGCUACUUUCAAGGCUUUAGACGACUAUCUUCGACCCAGGAUUUCCUUAUCAGAGCGACCUAGAAGUGGGCGCCGGGAUCCAGGUAGUGCCGGCGGUGGACUUUCUAAUGCUCUCGCGGCAUUUGCUGCGGCGGCCGGGCUAGCGGCCCCUAAUUCUCGAUCGGGCGGUCUCCCCGGGGACGCUGCGUCUUCUUCCACCCCAGCUCCUCCUAGACCGAGACAGGCGAGACGUCAAUCGAGGAGUAAGAGGUCCAAUCCAGAGGGUGCAUCGGCUAGCAGCUCUCGGGGGAAGCUUCCAGGGACUGAACGGGAGAAUCAACCAACUCAGCCUUCCGGGCAAGAGCCACUUGAGUGUAUGGAUGAGAGGCCAAUUCCCGAAGAUGAUGACAUGGAUGAGAUGGAUACUGUGUUGGAGGACUUGGAUAGGGAUUUAGAUGAGGAACCGGAGCCUGAGGCCGGAGCGGUUAAUUUGGAAGUGGGUACCACUGGUAAGGUUACUGCCCGCAAAGACGAUGGAACCAGGGUAGCAACCCCUUCUGGUGCCCCCCCUGCUACUCGCAAUCCUGGAUCCUCUUCGCAGACACCUACACCGACGAAUCGAGGUCUUCCAGCUGGCUAUCCGGGGGCAAUGCCAUCUCCGCUUGACUGGCAUAUCGAAUUCAGUAUUGGCGAUCACGUUAUCUCUAAUGACAUGACAAUCUAUAGAGCGGUGCAGUUGGGGAGAAACGAUACGGCUGAGGAUCAAACCUUCCGAAAUGUAUGGUCAACCGUUCAUCCCAUCAAGUUCCGGAGAGUCACAGGACCCACACCCCCAGAGGGCUCGCUCUCUCCUGCUCCUGAUAGUUCCCAGAUCAGCGUUGGAUUUCCUGCGUCCCUGGACAAAAAUAAGGUCUCAUCUUCAAUUUUACAAUUGUUAAGCAUCCUACAUGCACUCAACGCCAAUCUUGAUGAUGUUUUUACUGGAGAUAAGGAGGCUAUGAAGCCAAAGAACCCACAACCUCUCAGCCAGUUUGUCAAUACGAAAUUGACUGCCAAAUUGAACCGCCAGUUGGAGGAACCUUUGAUUGUUGCAAGCGCUUGCUUACCUAGUUGGAGCGAGGAUCUUGCUAGACUUUAUCCGUUCUUGUUCCCCUUUGAGACUCGUCACUUGUUCUUACAGUCCACUUCAUUUGGAUAUUCGAGGUCUAUGACCAGGUGGCAGAAUUCGCAGUCCACCGGCGACUCUAGACAAGACCGCCAUCGAGACGAUAACCGGCCAUUCCUUGGUAGGCUUCAGAGACAAAAAGUCCGGAUUUCUAGGCUUCGCAUACUCGAGUCCGCCAUCAAGGUAAUGGAUCUUUAUGGCGCCUCCCCUAGUGUUCUUGAAGUUGAGUACUUUGAAGAGGUUGGCACUGGACUUGGACCUACUCUUGAAUUUUACUCUAGCGUAUCUAGGGCAUUCGCUAGGAAGAAGAUCAAGCUUUGGAGGGAAAACGAGUCUUCCCCGGAGAAUGAGUUUGCCUUUGGAAAGCAGGGACUGUUCCCGGCUCCUAUGAGUGACAGCAUGGCAGAGUCCGAGAACGGGCGUAAGGUUCUGCACUUGUUCACCAUGCUGGGUAAAUUUGUGGCACGCUCAAUGUUGGAUUCGCGCAUUAUCGACAUAUCCUUCAACCCGACCUUUUUCCGUACCGGUGAGAAUGCGGAUGAAGCCGUCGCGCCAUCCCUCGGCGCUGUCAAGACUGUCGACAAGGAUCUCGCAAGCUCCAUGAAGCUUUUGAGAAAAUUUGCUUUGGCUAAGGAAGAAGUUGACAGCAACAAGACUCUCAGUUCGGGCGGCAAGGCUAAGCGGGCUGCUCAGAUUAUGUUUGACGGAGCUCACGUGGAAGAUCUUGGGCUUGACUUUACGCUUCCGGGGUAUCCGCAUAUCGAGCUCGCACCAGGUGGUACCAAUGUUAUGGUUACUAUUGACAAUGUCAAGGAAUAUGUCGAUAGAGUCAUUGAUCUUACCCUUGGGAGUGGUGUUCGGCGUCAAGCCGAGGCUUUCCGUAGCGGGUUCUCGCAAGUUUUCCCCUACUCUGCGUUGAGAGCUUUCACGCCUGAUGAGUUGGUUAUGCUCUUUGGCCGCAAUGAGGAGGACUGGUCUCUUGAGAGUGAGUUUUUGAUUUUCCGUGCGUCCUACAAAAAGUUACUGACGGAUUUUCUCACUUUUUCUCUUUAGCGUUGAUGGACUCUAUUAAGGCCGAUCAUGGAUUCAACAUGGAUAGCAAGAGUGUACGUAAUCUCUUGACCGCCAUGAGCGAGUUCAAUUCCCAGGAGCGUCGCGACUUUCUUCAAUUUGUCACCGGCAGUCCGAAACUCCCUAUUGGAGGUAAGUAACUACUUGUCUCUUAUUGGGGGUGCGGCAUUAACUUUUAAUAGGCUUCAAGAGUUUAACGCCGCUUUUCACCGUGGUCUGUAAACCAAGCGAGCCGCCUUACACUUCGGACGAUUACCUCCCCAGUGUCAUGACCUGCGUCAACUACCUCAAGCUCCCAGAUUACUCCACAUUCGAAAUCCUCAAGCAGCGGUUGUCUGUCGCUAUACAAGAGGGACAGGGAGCUUUCCAUCUUUCAUAACGCGCCGGCGGGGGGUAUGGAGAAACAAAAAAAAAAAAAGGCAAAAAUGCAGCAUCACCAACUAGCUAACUUGGCGUUUUGUUUCAUUUUUUCCGUUUUUCUGGUCAUUUCUUUCAUUUCUUUACACAAGUCACAUUUUUCGUUUUCUGGGAAAGGCUUUUUUAAGGUAGAGAGAGAGGCGAAACUGUUUUGUGUUUCUGAUCGCGAUUUGUCAUAACAUAGUUUGGUCUUGUUGCCCUUUUAACAUUUUUCAUUUUUCCCUUCCACGUCUUUCUCCUACUCUCAUAACCCGAUUCUCCAUUUGCAUGUGUUUGUCCCUAUCUUUUUCUCAUUACUUGUGGCAUGAUGUUGGCUUCUGGUGGGGGGGAAGAUGAGAUUGUGAUUUGGUGCAGGGGCUCAAGUUGUGAUUUUUGCAUGCAAUACGAUAGGUGGCUUUUUUUUAUUUAUUUUAAGCUGGAUAGGUCAGGGCCUAGGUUGGGCGGGAUAUGGCAAUCAAGUUCAUAAUUCAGAAAUGGUCAAGUUAGCUGCUGUAAGUUGAGCUGUUCUGCUGGGACGGUGGCUGAGUUGGUACUCAUUUGAUAGUUAUGAUAUCGAAUAAAUUUCCGCUCAGGAGUCAGUGC